AAGAAAAGUCAACUAUAAUCAUAUCAACCCUUCUUCCUUGUUUCUGCUUUGAUUUCUUAGCAGGUCUCUUAUUUAUUUCACUGCUUUUGUCCUCCAUUGAUCAAAAUUAUUUCUUGUAUAAGAAGUUGGAGAUUUCUGGUGUGUAUCAGCUUUCGUUAUGAUGGCAUCAUCAUCUUCACAUUCUGCUCACCGUUGGACGUAUGAUGUUUUUGUGAGUUUUAGAGGUGAAGAUAUACGUAGAAAUUUUGUGGAUCAUCUCUUUAGUGAUUUCAGAAGGAAAGGAAUUUAUGCUUUCAGAGACGAUGAUCGAUUAAAGAGAGGAGAAGAGAUAUCAUCUGAACUCUAUAAAGCCAUUGAACAGUCAAGAUUUUUGAUAGUUAUAUUCUCAAAUGACUACGCUUCGUCAACAUGGUGUCUGAGGGAGCUUGUCAAGAUCCUGAAGUGCAAGGAGACAGAGAAGGACAAAUAUGAAGUUCGGGCACUGUAUUACGAUGUCACACCUGCAGUGGUGCAGAAUCAAAGUGGUAGCUACAGAGAAGCAUUCAUGAAACAUGAAGCUUCUAGAAGAACAGAGGUUCCUGAAUGGAAGGAAGCUUUGAAACUGGCCGUCAACCUAUCUGGAUGGGACCUCCAAGCUAUCCCCAAUGGGCAUGAGCCAAAGUUUAUAGAAACAAUUUCAAGAGAGAUAUUUUAUGGACUAAGCAACGGGCCCUUAGAUGCCGGCGAAAACCUCGUGGGAUUAUACACCCGUGCAGAGCAAAUGAACCUUUUGCAAUUUGUGGGUUCAAGCAAGGUUCACAUCAUAGGAAUAUGCGGCAUUGGUGGAAUAGGAAAGACAACCAUUGCCAAAGCUAUAUAUAACCUACUGCAUAUACAUUUUGAAGCAUACAGCUUUUGUGAAGAUGUUAAAGGUGUUGAAAAACGGCAUGGGUUAGUCCAUCUUCAAGAAAAGCUUCUUGAGGACCUUAUGAAUGUAGGCAAUCUUCGAAUUCGUAGUGUAAGUCAAGGGAUCAACAUAAUGAAGAGAAGUAUGCGGGCUAAAAAGGUACUUGUUGUACUUGAUGACGUCGAUCAUUAUGACCAAUUUGAAGCCCUAGUUGGAGUGCCUGCUUGGUUUGGUCCCGGAAGUAUGAUUAUAGUUACUGGUAGAGAUAGACAGUUGCUAAGUGCUCAUGGGGUCGAAGAAGUAUAUGAAGUGGAUCUUUUAUUUGAUGAUGAAGCUCUCGAGCUUUUUAGUCUGUAUGCCUUUAGAUAUAAACACCCAACAGAAGAAUUUACAGAUAUUGCUAACCGGGUAGUUCAGUAUGUUAAUGGACUUCCUCUAGCUCUUAAAAUUUUGGCCAGUUUCCUAUUUGGAAAGACUGUAGAGGAAUGGGAAAGUGAACUGAAGAAACUCCGAAGAUAUCCUAAUUCUCAAAUACAGCAAGUACUCCGAAUAAGUUAUGAUGCUCUAGAUUUUGAUCAAAGAAACAUCUUUCUUGACGUAUCUUGUUUCUUCAAAGGGGAGAAGAAAGAUUAUAUUAUGAAAGUACUAGAUGGCUGUGAUUUGUUUUCUGCAACUAAUAUCAGAGUUCUUAUUGAUAAGUCGUUAAUAUCAGUUCGUGAAGAUAGACUGGAAAUGCAUGAUUUGGUUCAAGAAAUGGGUUGGCAAAUUGUACAUGAAGAAUCUGAAGAACCCGGAAAGCGCAGCAGAUUGUGGUUUCCGACAGAUGUACGCACAGUAUUAAACAAGGAUAAGGGAACUGAAUUCGUUGAAGGCCUAGCCUUGGAUGUUGCGAAAUCAGAAGUCAAUAUUUGUGGCAAAACCUUCAUAAAAUUGAUUAAUCUUCGAUUACUAGACCUUUAUAUUAGAGACUGGAAUAGCCUUAGAGAUAUCAAUGGCAAAAUUCGUAAGAGUAAAUUAGGGAUAGAAACUAAGGUGAAUGCAACUUCUGGGAAGCUUGAAUUUUUGUCCAGUGAACUUCGGUUGUUUGUUUGGCAUGGGUACCCUUUCGAGCAUUUACCAGCAAUGUUCUACCCUGAAAGCCUUGUUAUCCUUGAUUUGUCGUAUAGUCGCAUCAAAGAAAUUUGGAGCGGAUCAAAGGGUUUCAAAAAGUUGGUGUCGAUUAAUCUCCGCCAGUGUUGUAACUUGAUAAAGACACCAGAUUUCACCGAAAUUCCAAAUCUUGAAGAGCUAAUACUUGAUGGUUGUAAAAGUUUGAAUGAAGUUCACCCCUCUGUCGGAACUCUCAGCCGUCUGGUUGUCUUGAAUUUAAGAAAAUGUACAAGUCUUGGGAAUCCUCCAAACUGCAUUGGAUUGAAAUCUCUUCAAAUUCUUAAUCUUUCUGGCUGCAAGAAACUGGACAAAUUUCCUGAUGAUAUGGGCAUUAUGAAAGAUUUAGUGGAGCUUCAUGCUGAUGGGACUCAAAUUGUGCAACUCCCUUCUUCUGUAUCUUUUCUUGGCAACCUUCAAGUAUUUUCACUAGGCCAACGAGAAGGGAUCCAAACUAAAUCGUGGGGUUCGAUCCUUUGGCCUACAUUCUUGCCAAGCAAGAUGCACCAUUCACCGAGUGCAGUGUUUCCUUCUUUAUCAGGUUUGCGUUUCUUAAGAAAUAUUGACGUUAGCCACUGCAGCCUAACAGAAGCAAGCCUUGAUGGCAUUGAAUGUUUAUCGAUGCUUGAAACUCUGAACCUGAGUGGGAAUGAUUUCACAAGUUUACCUAGUUUCAGUCAACUUCUUCGACUUGAAACACUUGGGCUGGUUGGAUGCAAGAAGAUCAAGGCAUUGCCAGAACUUCCACCGAACAUUCAAUUGAUUGAGGCACAGGACUGCUCAUCUUUGCAGGAAUUACCAGAGAAAUUAACCAUGUACAAAAGUAGCAUUCAGUGCUUUGACUUCACUAACAGUGCGAAAUUGAUUGAGAAUCAAACCAUCGAAAGCCUGGUUACAAUGUUGCUGCCACAGGGACGCAUUGAUCCGUAUAAAAUGGUGAGUGUAUUCCUUCCAGGAGGUAGAAUUCCUGGGUGGUUUAGCAAUCAAAGUAUAGGAGAUUGUGUAAAAGUGGAUUUACCUCCCGACUGGAGUUACAAAAAGUUCAAAGGAAUAGCAAUUUGUCUUGUUUUUACUCCCAGAAAUCCCGGCCGUCGCAAGAGCAGCUACGGUUCGAUUGGAUUUAGAUUCAAAAACUUCGAUGGUACUCCCAUUGGUGGCGAGUUUCCAAUUCCAGAUUCUGUAUUUCAAUAUGAAAACAUAGGGAUCAAGUCGGACCAGAUGUUGUUGAGCUAUCACCAAUCUGAACCCGAGUGGUCGAGAGUGAAGAAUUUCAUUUUGGUUUCGUUUGAUGUCUAUGGUGCAGACUGUGUGGUGAAAAUGUGUGGUGCGAGACUGGUGUGCGAGGAAGAUGAACAACAAGAAAGUAGCGGUUCAAGAAUGAUCCAAUGGCUCCCUCCACCUUCUCAUGCCGAAGACGAGCCUCUACUUAAAAAGCGACACGUGGCAUAAUCAGGUUUUAAAUAUUUUAAGCACAAUUUUAAAAUUUUAAAAUUUGUUAUAAACUCCAUGGAUUAGAAACAAUUCUUGAAUUUUUGCUUCCAUGAAGUACAUUUUGGAAGUAAUUUCACAA